CGGUGAUUGGCUGUCUUUGGUUGGCAUCGCCACGGUGGUUCUUCAUGUCAGGGGCGAGCCACGUUGACACAAGAAGUGGCCUUUCGUCAUUUUCCCACACCGGGAAAGUAAGUGUCACCUCGCUAGACUCCAGCUGUCAGUCCCGUGGGCGCCGGUGCCUUCAUCCGAGAAGAGAUACGUCACACCCGUUGUCAAAAUGAGCGUCGGCUUCAUUGGAGCAGGUCAGCUGGCUCAUGCAUUGGUGAAAGGAUUCUCUGCAGCAGGUGUGAUCGCUACACACAGGAUCACAGCGAGCUCCCCAGACACUGACUUGCCUACUGUGACCGGCCUGAGGAAAAUGGGAGUGAGCCUGACAACCAGUAACAAAGAGACAGUCAACAAGAGUGAUGUGCUCUUUCUGGCUGUGAAGCCUCACAUUAUCCCUUUCGUUCUGGAUGAGAUUGGCCCAGACAUCGAAGACCGCCAUCUCAUAGUGUCUUGUGCUGCAGGGGUCACCAUCAGCUCCAUUGAAAAGAAACUGCUUCAGUACCGCCCGGCUCCUAAAGUCAUGAGGUGUAUGACCAACACUCCAGUGGUGGUGAGAGAGGGAGCAACAGUCUACGCAACUGGUACUCAUGCAGAGGUGGAGGAUGGUAAGUUGCUGGAGCAGUUGAUGGCCAGUGUAGGAUACUGCACUGAGGUGGAGGAGGACCUCAUCGACGCCGUCACCGGGCUAAGCGGCAGUGGACCCGCAUAUGCGUUCACAGCACUGGAUGCACUAGCAGAUGGAGGAGUGAAGAUGGGUCUGCCAAGGAGACUCGCUGUCCGACUCGGAGCUCAGGCCCUCUUGGGAGCAGCCAAAAUGCUGCUGGACUCUGAGCAGCAUCCUGGCCAGCUGAAGGACAAUGUUUGCUCACCAGGUGGCGCUACCAUCCAUGCGCUUCAUGUCAUGGAGAGUGGGGGUUUCCGCAGCCUCCUCAUCAAUGCAGUGGAGGCCUCGUGUAUCAGGACAAAGGAGCUGCAGUUUCUGGCCGACCAGGAGCGCAUUUCCCCUGCAGCCAUUAAGAAGACCACAUUGGACAAAGUGCUGCAGCAGCCCGGCGUCACCAAUGGAAACGGCCGAUCAGGACUCAGCCUGUUCAACAAUCGAAACUCGGGCGUAAAGAAGAAGAACUGAGCGUACAUGAACACGUUUCACUUGAACACCACCACACAGAUGGACACGUCUGAAACGGACAUCAAUUGAUUCCUGCUUGGGUCCUGUGUGACAUCGGAGGUGCCGUCGCUUUUUCAGGUGUCUAUUGUGUUUAUACACACACACACACACACACACGAGUGAUCUGUGCUGCGUUUCAUGUUUUGUCACUUCGAAGGACACCAAAGAAUUUUAGCAACAUGUAUUUUACUCUUUAUUGGUAUUCUAUUUGAAUUAAGUGAACAAAGAAACAAAGUUUCAAUUGUAAAAACAACAUUUAUGCCUUUUACGCUAAGUUGUAGUCGAUUGGCACUAGCAAUUAUAAUACUACAAAUGAUAAUCCGUCCUUAUUUUGUAUUUCAAAUAGCCACUAUGGUGUUUAAACCUUGAAAACGAAAAAAUUCAAUAUGCUGAAGCAAAAACUUUGGCUUGUUUUGUUUAUUGCACGUGAAAAAUAUGUUGUAUGUUUUUGUCACAUUUCAACACAUCUGACAGUAACAUCUACAAGUUUUACGGAGAUCUUUAUCCUACUCUUGCAUUUUGCUACUUUUUCAAUUUAUUGAUCUGAAGGUUGUAAUCGAGAAGAUUGUCUUUUAAUUGAACAAUGUAUUUCCUGAAACAAACACUGAUUAAAGGGUGGUGUGUUUCUGAUGCUCUUAUUCUGCAAGGUUAUUUGCAGGCUUGCUUGUCUGCCAGGAUGAAGCAUUUCUCAGGAAAUAUUAGCUUCUCAUUGAUUCUGAUCAACUUUAAUAAAAGCCUGUUCUUUGUGA